UCCGCAACUGAGCGCGCACUCAGUCCACUGAACGUCGGCCAAGUGGCUGGAUCAGAUGACAGUGUCGAUCGGCCCCAGUGAUUCCCCAACAAUCUCCCCAAGUUACCCUCAGUCCCAGUGAUAUCCCCCGUCAACCCUUCCCCAAGAGCCGCGAGUCUCCGGUUAAAAAAAAAUUCUGGAGGGACCAUCGACCCUCCAAAGGUGACCCAGUGCUAGACCCUGAGAAUGUCGUUGUCCCUUUGAAGUGUUUUCCAGUUGUGAUACCACAUAAAAAUUCCCCAGUCAGUUGAUAACCGGCUGAGUGUGUUGAUUGGCCUUGUGGAUCAUCACCAGCGGCGAAUGAUUUUUUAAAAAAAUAUCCGGAUAAACAAAAGCGGUUUGACACUAGUUCACCUCUACGCAAUGCGUCUUGGUACAUACUCCCUCGUGAAUUUGUUGUCCGAUCACUUUCACCUUCAUUCAAGGAAUCGCUGCCAGGACAGCUUUCAAUUGCCCUCCACUGAAUUACCCAGUUACCGUAAAAAUUGUUGAUGCAAUUUGCGCACUCGAUUGUUUACCAAGUCGCCAAUCAGUUGACGCCGAUGCCCGAGAGGACAAGCGCCAGGAAGAAGCCAGUGGGGAACAAGGGACUGCGAUCAUCACACUGAUAAAAUCAAAUUCUCCUGAGAAUGUAGAGGGCUGACGACGAUGCCGGCAUCUCCAGGUGGUCCACGAGAGACUGAAGCAGCAUGUGUAUGUGCUUGUGGUACAAGUGAAUCGAUACGUACCCCUCAUCUGGAGCAUUACCCCAGGGGUGUUCAUAACACACUUCCCACGAGUGUGUAAAUAAAGAGGAACGAGAAGAUUAAGAAGAAAUUAUGCUGGCGUGCUGGUUACUGGCCGGCGCCCUGGGUGCAGUGGUGCUUUUGUAUGCACUUGUCGAGGUCCACUACUUCCUGAGAAUGUUUGUCACUGUUCUACUGGCCCGUUUUUGCAAAAAGCCAGUGCACAUUCUCGACGAGACCACUAUCUACGGAUUGUGCACAACGACGGAUGUCGACACACUCCUGUACCACAUGAACAAUGCGAGAUACCUCCGCGAGCUGGACUUCGCCAGGGCGGAUUUUUACGAGAGAACGAGCCUCUACCGUGAGAUAUGUUCCCAGGGGAAGGGAGUCGUUCAGGGAGCUGCAACAAUUAGAUACAGAAGAUACCUCAAGCCAUUCUCCAUCUACAUGGUCAAGUCAAAGAUUAUUUACUGGGAUGACAAGUCCAUUUUCAUGGAGCACAAGUUUAUCACUCCACGUGAUGAUUUUGUACGGGCGAUCGCAAUCUGCCGUCAGCGAUUAUUGGAUUGCAAUGCUGAGACAGUCAUGGCUGCACUACUUGAACGAGGAGUCAAGAAUAAUGGAACUAAUGACGUAGGCGUAACACAGGUGACGCACGUGCGACCGCAGAUACCACCGGAAGUCGCUCGAUGGCUUGAGAGCAACGAAAUAUCAUCGGCCACUCUCAGGGCAACCGACAAUGUUCCAGUGGUGACGACGAAUUUUUGAAAAUAAUCGUCGUCAGGGGUUCAUCAUAACUGCAUCGGUGCAGAUAUGACCUACUCUCUCAGCUCAGGAUCUCUUGCAAAUGUAUUUUUGCGACAAUUGUAUUAUAUUAUUUUGUAGACGUUUUUUAUUCACCGGGGGAAUGAACUAUUUUCCACCCAUGUCUACACGAGGUGUGAUGAGUUAGGUGAAUUAUUUCGAGUGAUUGUGCACUUUUUGGGAGUGAUACGGAAGUCGAUGGAUUAUUUUCAUAAUCGGUGGUAACUAAUGUGUACAUAUUAAUUAUUGUGAGGUAUUAUUAAAGUAUUAUUAAAGUGGAUGAGCGCUGUGAGUGAAUGUCAACGAA